AUGGUGCCCCCCGGGCAAUAGAGGAUCAUGGGGCCCCUGUGUCCUUGCCCAAACUCAAAAAAGCCUCCAAGACAGGACCAACUGUUUAUAUUCAGCCUUUUCUAUAUCUAAGCCAAACACACCUAUCCUCAACUGACCUAUUUGUUUAUGAAUGUUAAGCUACAGGGGUGGACUAACAACUCAUGGGGCCCCCGGGCAAUAGGGGAUCAUGGGGCCCCUGUGUCCUUGCCCAAACUCAAAAAAGCCUAUGAAAAAGGUACCAGGGACAUCUCAUGGGGCCCCCUACUGACCCCGGGCCCUCGGGCAGUGCCUGAUUUUCCAAAUGGUCAGUCGGCUCCU